AUGUCCAACCAACCCCACGACUCACCGCCAAGUUAUGAUGCAUCACAGCAAUCCUGGGGGAACUACGACAUCCAGCCACACACUUCAGCCUCCGAUCCACCCCCAUAUCACAACUGGCAAGAAGCAGUCCCAGACACAGCCACAUUCCCACCACCCCCAAUCGCCGGCUACCUAAUCUCAGGUACAGGAAACGCUUCCGAAGAUGACGCCCAACGUGCCCACGAUUUCUGCAACUCCGUACCUCUCUGGCUCCCAACCGAGCCCUCAUCUGCCGUCUAUCAUGACGUGCAGAACCACGAUCUUCGACCCGUGCAACCAACCGAGCUGCGUGGCCAUGUCUCGGCUGUUGCGCCCGGCCACUGGCGCGGACACAGCGUCGACAGGAAUGGGGAUUGUGUCGUGUUGACCCAACUUCCCCUGUAUUUCCCCACUCUAGACUCGCCGUUUGUACGCGAGCAGAAGAAGACUAUCUACUUUGAGGUGAAAUUGUUGGCGCUGAGGGCCGGACCGACACCGCAGGAUUGUAGUGGGAUUUCCAUUGGGUUUGCUGCGCAGCCUUAUCCGUCGUGGAGAUCACCUGGUUGGGAAAGAGGUGGGCUGGGAGUGUUUUCAGAUGAUGGGUGUCGGUUUGUGAAUGAUUCGUUUGGGGGUCGGGAUUUUACCACGGCGUUCAAGGUGGGUGAGACGGUAGGCCUGGGAAUGGAGUUCAAGCUGCCAGAGAAUAUCUGCAGUGGGGAGAAUAAAAGUAAGAGAUGCAAGGUGCAUAUCUUCUUCACGCGGGAUGGAUGCCGAUCUGGGGGAUGGGAUCUGCAUGAGGAGGUCGAUGCGGAUUCUGGGGGUGUUGAGGGCCUGGAAGGGAACUAUGACCUUUAUGGGGCGAUUGGGCUGUUCGGUGGCGUCGAUUUCGAGUCUUGUUUUGAGCCUGCAGGCUGGUUAUGGAAGCCUUGA